CACGUAUGGGUUUCUGUUAUUUAGACUGCAUUUCAGUUCUAUGCUAAAGACUGUCUACAGUCUUAUGUCAUGGUAUAAAUAUCUAGCGUAAAUAAAAAUAUAUAAGUUUUCUUGUUUUCUUCAUCAAAAUGCUUAACAACUUGAGAUCCGUCAUACGAAGUUUCGCUAAUAUUAAAAUUGUUGCUGAUAGACAAGUAUAUCCAACAAUACGGUCUAUAGGUUCACUUAAUCAGUCUCCUUUGGGUUCACCAACCUUGCCAAUUUCAAUUAAUUUGCCUACUGUAUCAACCAAAAAAAUUAUAGAUAAGCCAUGUCCUUGUACUCCCUUUAGAAUUCCUCGACCAACGAUAACACUUACAUUGAUCGAUCCACUAAUUAACAAUGAUAAUGAAAUUCAAGCAGCACGUCUUAUAGUUAUUCGGCGUAAGAAAAUGAAAAAACACAAGUUGAGAAAAUUAAGAAAACGUAUGAAAUAUAUUUGGGCUAAAGUCAGACAAAAAAGAGAAAUGAGGAAAGAAAAAGCUUUCCAAGCUGAAUUAAUGGGACAGAUUAAAGAAGCUGAAAAAUUCAGUGCUGCUAAUUAUGUGCAAGAAAAAUUAAAUAUUGUUAAUAUGACAAUAUUACCAAAUAGAUGGAGAGGAAAACGAUUACCAGAGUUUGUUAUUAAAGAUUUAAUAGCCAAAGCUCAAAUUAAAAAACAAAACAAGUUGGAGGCCAAGGAACGAAGAAAAAAAUUUAUGGCUUCGUAUAAACCAGUAUGA